AAAGUUUACUUAAAUGACAUACUUCGUGUAAGGCCUAGUUCGGAAUACUUUAGUAUUUUAGCAGAGUCGAAACAAUUUUUGGUUUCAUUUGAGACUUCACUCGAGUAUAUUUGCUGACAUUCAGUUACUCUUCCCCACUUUCACCUCCAGAACUUUUAAAUGGCUCAACGUUUAACUAACUAAUGGAAACGAUUUUCAUCAAAGAUGUCUAAGAACAUUUGCACAUAAGUCAACUUUUAUACAAAACAAAUUAAAUUGAAAUCGCUUCAUCCGUUCAGGAGCUAUGGUGCCACAGACUGACAGCCAGACACCUCAGACUAAUUGGAUAAAGACCUGCCUCGCAAGACAUUAUUUUUCUGUCAAAGUAUAUGAUCAACGAUCUUAUGCGAUUAUAAACACUGUCUCUAAAGAAUCGAUGUUUCAUAGUUUACCAUCGUGUCCGUCGGUUAAAAACCUCCGUAAAAAUACCUUUUUGUGUAGUUAUAUGGUGUAAAAAACGAACAAAAACUGCUAGUUUAGUAUAAGAUAUGUAGCUCGUUUUCCUUAGAAAAUGGCAGAAAAUUUUGUUCAUGAAUUUGGGUGCGAUACAGGUCCUUCUAUAAUUGGUCUGAGCCAGACACGUUCAAAUAAUCCAUUUUGCGUCUGGGGUUUAAAAUAAGACUACCAAUAAUAGGCAUUAUAGACGAUUAAUAACUUGAAGUAACUAUUAAACUUGGAAGAAUCCAGUUAUAUCAAAAUAAAAAAAGUUUCAAAGGUCAGCGUAUAUUUACGCGCGAACAAUUUCUUUCGAAAUUCAAAUGUCAACGGAAGUAAUUUUGACUCGAUAAUAGCGGAUGCGUGCGCGCGAACUGCAGACAUUCGAAAAUGGUCGCUUCGCUUCAUGGCUCGUGACAUUUCCCGUGUUGUUAAUUAAUUGUUAUUAGUUAAAUUACUUAACUUAUAAUAAUUUUUAAUUUGUAUAGACAUUAAACUCGAUAUUUUAAAAUAAUCAAACUCGAUGAUUUCCGUUGAGGUACUUUUUUUUCAUUUUGUAUGCAAUCUCUUCUGUCAUCAAACUUCUUCAAUACAGAUUUCAUCUUUGAUUUUUAUCUGAGUCUGACAGAUAAGCAGUGUCAUCUCAAGUAGUAAAAAUGAUUUGGAAGAAAUUCUUUCUUUCUAGGCUCUCUAGUGGGAAGUUAAAAAGGCAUUCUAUCUUUACCAACAGAAGAUACUCUCGAUGGGGAGACAUCGGUAGUAAUAGACAGGAAGAGAUCGACUGGCGGGAUGUGGUUACCGAGGCUGAGCAAAUUGUGGGAUACCCGACUUCCUUCUUGAACCUUCGGUGGCUUUUCAACGACGAAAUUGCCAACACUGCUAUUCAUCUUAGGAAAUUGGUAGGAACCAACCAUCCUCUAUUAAAAUCUGCAAAGAACCUGCUCAUAGGAUCCAAAAGCAAUCUACAAUCAGUGGGCCUCAUUACAUUACUAGUGUCGAAAGCGGCUGGUUUCCACGGUCAAAGUUUCACGAGAAAUCAGUACGAAUCCGGUGUUUUACACGCGCAGAGAGCGUUGGCGGAGAUCGUGGAGAUGAAGAGGACUGGACACCUCAUACAUAGGAGCAUGGUAAACCUGCAGGACAAGGAGAAGCAUGGAGACAAGUAUAAAGAUCUCCUUUAUGGAAAUAAGAUUGUUCUAUUGACAGGUGAUUAUCUCUUGGCAACCUGUCUCCAGCAUCUAGGAGGUCUGCGAAACAAUGAGGUGACGGAGCUGAUAUCCACCGGUCUGAGAGACCUCGUUGAGGGGGACUUCCUUGGCGAGCGGGACGACGAGAACAACCCUUUGCCGACCAAACCGAAAGCUAGCAACACAGUGAAGAGCCACUAUAACUGGGAAGAUGAAGACAACUUGGCAAAGCUUGGCUCAAACGAAUACCUCGGCCAAGGCAAAGACGAAUGGCUCCUCCGGACUAUGCUCACAUCUGGCAGUUUGCUUGGCAAGGGCUGCCAAGGUGCCAUGAAACUUGCCAAACAGCCACAUUUGGAGAGAGAUGCGUACAUCCUUGGCGGACAUUUGGCAAUUAUUUGGCAGAUUUACUUGGACGUUAAAGACUUCUUUAUCCAUCCGAAUUCUUAUUCUCUGGUUGGGUCGCCUGUGACUUUUGCUAUAUGGGAAUAUCCUUCCGUAUAUGGCUAUAUAAUCGAGGCGAAAUUGGAAAAGAGACCUGUAGAAUAUAAACAGCUGUAUUACGCGGUGCGAGGGACAAGAGCUUUUGAAUACAUUAAGAAGUUUCUCGAAGAAGAAAUGGCGGCCAUUUUGAUGCGUAGUGAGAAGUUUCCGAUAGAGGACGCUAGGUGUGCGAUACAAAAGAUGGCGACGACGGUACAUAGCGAAACUCUACAGUAUAUUGAGUGAAAAUAAAUAAUUAUUUUUAUUAAACUUACCUAGUAAUUAUUUUGUAAUCUAGCCGUGAUAGCCCAGUGGAUGUGACCUCUGCCUCUAAUUUCGGAGGGUGUGAGUUCGAAUCCGUCCGGGGCACCUCCAACU